UCAAAGUUAAACAAGAAAAAAUGGCGGUCUUCUCUAUGAAACAGCUACUAACCAUUGUCUUAUCAGCUUUAAUGGUAUCUCUCUCCCAUGGGAGAGUAAAUCCCAGCUUUAAAAUUAAAGCAGUAAAUCUUGGAGGCUGGCUUGUUACAGAAGGAUGGAUCAAGCCUUCUCUUUUUGAUGGCAUCCCAAACAAAGAUUUCUUGGAUGGAACUGGACUUCAGUUUAAAUCAGUCAAAGUUGGCAAGUAUCUUUGCGCUGAGUUAGGUGGAGGAACCAUCGUAGUCGCAAAUCGGACGUCUGCCUCAGGCUGGGAAACAUUUAGAUUGUGGAGGAUCAAUGAAACCCAUUUCAACUUCAGGGUAUUUAACAAACAAUUCGUGGGAUUGGACACCAGUGGCAAUAGGACUGACGUGGUAGCUAUCUCCAGUACAACAGGAAGAUCAGAGACAUUUGAGAUUGUGAAAAACUCAAAUGAUUCUAGUCGCGUCAGAAUAAAAGCUUCCAAUGGAUUCUUCUUGCAGGUGAAAACAGAGGAGCUGGUGACUGCUGAUUAUGCAGGUGACAGCACAUGGGGAGACGAUGAUCCAUCGGUAUUUGUCUUGGGAAUUUCUGGAAGGCUGCAGGGAGAGUUCCAAGUCGCCAACGGCUAUGGCCCGAAACUAGCCCCACAAGUUAUGAGGGAACACUGGAGGACAUUCAUAGUGGAAAAAGAUUUCAUGUUCAUAUCUGAAAACGGACUAAACGCUGUAAGAAUACCCGUUGGUUGGUGGAUAGCAAGCGAUCCAGCACCUCCAAAGCCUUAUGUCGGAGGUUCCCUUCAAGCGUUAGACAAUGCCUUCUCAUGGGCAGAGAAAUAUAAGUUGAACGUUGUAAUUGACUUACAUGCAGCCCCUGGGUCUCAAAAUGGUUUUGAACACAGCUCUUCCAGAGAUGGCUCUCAAGAAUGGGGCCUGACAGAUGCAACUAUACAACAAACAGUUGAUGUUAUAGACUUUCUCACUGCGAGAUAUGCCAAGAGCCCAAGCCUGUACGCAGUAGAGCUCAUAAACGAGCCUCUCGCACCAGGAGCAACUCUAGAUAGCGUGACCAAGUAUUACAAGGCUGGUUACAAUGCAGUUCGCAAGCACUCCUCAAGCGCUUAUGUGGUCAUGUCAAAUAGGCUAGGACCAGCUGAACCAAGAGAGCUAUUCCCUCUCGCUAGUGGCUUAAAUGGAACUGUAAUUGAUGUCCAUUACUACAAUCUCUUCUCUGAUAUAUUUAACAACAUGACCGUCCAGCAGAACAUUGAUUUCAUCCACACUAAUCGGUCGGCUCAGCUGAACUAUGUCACCACAUCAAAUGGCCCUCUCACCUUCGUUGGAGAGUGGGUGGCAGAGUGGCAAGUUUCAGGGGCAACAAAAGAGGAUUACCAGAGAUUUGGCAAGGCCCAGUUAGAGGUAUAUGGGCGUGCAACUUUUGGUUGGGCUUAUUGGACUCUUAAGAAUGUGAACAACCACUGGAGCCUGGAGUGGAUGAUCAACAAUGGUUAUAUCAAGCUUUAGGUGCUAGCGUGAAAUUUUUACACUUUUCCUUUUCGAAAAAUGCUAAUGCAAUAUCCUGAUUACAAGAUCAUAAAUGAAUAACUGUAUUUUAUGGUAAUAAGAGGGAAGGAUAAAUCACUGAAUAUAUUUUAAAUUUUGAAUAA